AUGCUCACUUCCAUAUAUUUCUUCCUCAAUCUGGCUCUAUUCAUCCUCACGAUCAUCUGCGUUACGCGGUAUACCCUUUACAAGAGGUCCUGGUCUCUCAUGCUGCACGAUUCUGUCCAGAAUGCGUAUCUCGGGUGCUUCCCCAUGGGUGGGACAACGCUCAUCAACGUAUCUGUCACUCUCAUGUAUAACGAAUACGGAUUCGGAGGGAAGUCCUACUUAUAUACCAUCUGGGCGCACUGGUGGCGGGACGUGGCGGGCUGCAGGAUAGCGCGUCAAGACCACUUUCUGGACAAGAUGACGGCCGUGUGGCUUCUUCCAGUCGUGACUGUGAUCUUUCCUCCUUCCCAUGAUCUGAUCACGACACUCUUCUCUAUCGCUUUGGUCACAGUGGGGUUGAUGCUAGCUUUCACGAUCAUGACGAUACACCUUCUAUGUGUUAUUCCGCAUGGCCUCCCUCUAGGCGGCACCAUAAUCUCUACCUUCAUUCCUCUGGGUCCGACGGGUCAACGAGGUUGCUCCGUUCUACUCGUUGGUCAAUCUCUCAAACACUUUUUGCCUCUCCAUUCCGGCGCUUCUGAGGUUCUCAAUUCGGGGUCAACUGGCGAAAUCAUCAGCGUGACCUGCGUAUGCAUUAGCUUCAUAUUAUGGGCUAUUGCUACUAUGUGGCUUGUGUACGCGAUGCUGGGUACGCUAGAUUCUCCACGGAAAGCCAGGAUUCCCUUCAAAGCUACGGCAUGGGAUCUUAUAUUCCCCAACGUGGUUGUCUACGCGAAUUCAAAUAUGCAGCUAUACAAAGCCCUUGACUUGCCGUUCUUUCGCGUGUAG